UCGGUCGAUUUCUUCCCUGGUGGUGGUGGUGGGUGAAAGCAUGCCUCUGAUUGUUGAUUUACUAGACAGCAAGGAGUUGCUGGAGACUUGCAUUGAUGAAGCAACAGGCCUGCCUGUUGCUAGUUUGACAGCAGGAGUUCCAGAAGAGGCAGAUCUUAGCUUUGUUCCUCCUGGCACAAAUGAGACAGCUGCUGAAAAAACAGAUCCUACUGCAUUUGAAGACACGUUGAAACUGAAACAUCUGGAGACAGAACCCAGCCCGAUGUCAGCGCCCCGUUCUAACAUAAACGUCAAUAUUAAUAAACAGGAUGAGGUGGUGAAGUUGACAGAUAAGUGUCUUAAUAACGCAAUUGAGAGCCCAGUAACAACAUCACAGCGUCUUCCUGCAGACAUAAAGAGCAACAUCCUGAAGGCCCAGGCAGAGGCAGUGCCCAAGAUCACGAGAGAGGAUAGCAUGUCGGACAACAAGAACUCCAAUAUUCACGAUGCCACUGCCAGUAAUGCAUUAGAAGAGGAUAAUGCCAUCUCUGGCCCUGAAGAAUCACUGAUUCCAGCUAUUCUGGCUCCAGCAGAAGAGACUGCAGUUUUAAAGAGCCAUCCAGAUGACCUUGAUGUUUUGUUAACAUCACUGACGGAGAAUCUAAUUGACUUUACAGAAACCAUGCCUCGGGUGUCUUCGCCGCCCACAAUUACACCCAGGUGGAUCGUGCCAAGUGGGCUGGUUUCCAAUGGGCCUUUGGGGAAUGAUGUCGUUUUAGCUCUAAAGGCAGUGAAAGGCAGCACUGAAGCAUUGUCACUCCCCGCUGGAUCUCCAUCAUCACAGCAGCCAGCUGAAAUUCUUGCAAGGGCAUGUCUACACUUACCGGGGAUCGAUGCUGCUGCAAUCGAUACACUGGGGGUUGAUUUAGCAGGUCUAGUGAAUACCCACUAAAUCGACCACAGAUCACUCUCCUGUCAACUCCGGUACUCCACCGGAAGGAGAAGCAUAAGGUAAGUUGACAGAAAAGCAUCUCAUGUCGACACAACGCAGUGUAGACACCACCGUAAGUUGACCUAAGCUACAUCGACUCCAGCUACAUUAUUCAUGUGGCUGGAGUUGCGUAACUUAGGUCCACUUACCCCCGUAGCAUAGACAAGGCCUUAGUGCCAGCCUUUCCAUGUGUUUCUCAGAGUGCAAAAUACGUUACUAUUUUCUUCCCGUAAUAGACAAAAACUUGUGACUUUUCUUUACAUUGGACAUAAUUUAGAAAAAAAAUCCCCUCAUAUCUAAGCCUGCUAUUUCACUGCUAAAGAACUUUUUAAAGAUCAACUUAUAAAACUCUAAAAGUAAAGAGUCUAAUGAAAAUGCUGAAAACCUUGAGUACAGAAAUGUUGCUACAAAAUGUUUCCCGCUGGAAAGGAAAAUUGAUUGUUUGACAGUUUAACAGCCGAAUUUUUUAGGACAAAAUUCUGUCUGUGGUUUUGCAUGUAAAACUCGCAGUGAAGCCAAAGGGAAAUGUGAGCGUGUGUACGUACACGUACAUCAGAGGACACAACUGGGCCCUUGCUAUUUAUUACCCUCUGUGGAA